CAGUAAGUGUAUCUCCUGUCACAAAAGAGUUACAAACACUCGGGAGAGACACGUCAACCUCAAUUUCUCUUGAUAUUUCUUUCAAAUGUGAAAAAGGAAAAAUGUUUUUAGCAUCAGAAAACGAAUCAACUAUCUAUGUUUUCUUCACACUCAUUUUUCUCUUCUUCUGUCUUCUGCUCGUGGCUCCACCGACCGAGUUUGUAUCGGCAGGAAUCACCAUACAAAACAUUUUGUCGAAUUUCCUGGGCAGCGAGCAGAUGAAUUUUGUGUACUACCACAUCAGAAGGACAACUGCGACACUUCUUGUACAUUCCCUGUUUCCACUUGCUUACUAUACCACCUUGGGUUUGUUUUCACCUGAACUGGACCUUUUCUAUCCUUGGCUGAUUGACCGUAAAGGUCAGAUAUUCCUGGCAUUCUCAUUGGUUCUCCCAACUCUGGCAGGCCUCCUGUGUUUAUUUUGGUAUCGUGACAAGUGGAACAACCACCCGAUCUCCAGGCAGCUUUCAUACCUCGUCAAUGACUCGACUUCCAGCUGGAGAUCAGUCGCAUCUUCUAUAGAUGUUGAGUUUCGGAGGUUUGAUAAGUUCACAACCGGACCCUACGGGCGGAGACUUAUUGUGACAGAUUCUUGGAUGAUGAGAACCUCGACGUACUUUGUGAACAUAGCUCACCAGCAGGACAUUCACCUCACACUCGCGGGGUCUGAGGAACAUGAGAUCUCCUAUGAGAAUACCAUACCAUCGCAGUAUCUGCACAUUUCUGUUGGAGUUGUCAACCCAAAGAUCAGUUCAUUUGAUGUCAGACUGAAUGCUACAGAGUUUGGAGACCUCAAAGAGAAGCUGCAAUCACCAGUGCGAAAUGCUCGCAACAUCGUCAUCAAGCAGUCUAUGAGUGACCAGUUCCUCGAAGCCUUCCGACAACAAGUGAACAGUAACCCCCCCUUCACCCCACCUCCUUCGAUGGAAGUGGAGGCGUGUAUCGGCUGCAUGCAGCUGCCGGCCAAUGUGAAGCUGCAGAAGCUGUGUGACAACCUGACGGAGGGCAGCUGUGUCCAAUGCUUCUGUCGGCCCAUGUGGUGUCUCGAGUGUAUGGGGAAGUGGUUCGCCAGUCGCCAGAACCAGAGUGAGCCGGAAACAUGGAUGAGCAGCAUGUCACCAUGUCCGACGUGCCGGUCGAAGUUUUGUGUGUUGGACGUCUGCAAAAUUGUUAGCUGAUGUAUUCUUGAGGCAACCGACAUCUGUAAAGACUUGACUCCUCGAGAAACAUUGGUGUGUUGGACAUCUGCUGUUUGCUAAUGUUUUCCUGCAACUUACAUUACACAUUCUAUUGUGAUCAGUAUCCUGGAACAAAACACAACAAUAGCUUCAUUUUGAGUCGAACAGCAUGAUCCUAAAAAAUAGUUAUCGAAAUAUUUUUAGCGAUACCACUAGUCGUCAAUACCGUCUCAACUGGGAAAAUCCUGUAGCAAAAGUUUCUCCCUCCCAGUCUUUCUACUCAGGAAAAUGAGUAGGUCUGUGUUUCAAUCCCCAACUGUGUCAUGCCAAAAAACGUUAAUAGAUGGUACUUGUUGUCAUCCCGUCUUGUGCUGGCAUUAAGGGGAUAAAACAAAGACCUUGUUGGCUCGGAGUCCGUAUGCUGUGUCCGAGUGGGGGAUCCAAUAUCGAUGAAAGACUGUGUCAUGGUAUCUCCGUGGGCUGGCGCAAUAAAAUUGGUAUUCGUCCCGACUAGUACAAGCAGCCACACACAUUGCACGUUCUUGUAAGUGCACUCAUCUUGGCAUUGACUGAUGUCAAACCCCAUUUCACCUCACAUCACCAACUCAGGAAAAUAUCUAUUUCUGGCUAAUAGUAUGUUUUGUCAAGCUCAUGACUGAGAUAUAUCUGUUGAAAGUUAUAGGUACAAGAGUCGGAGACAGUGAUGUCACUUUCGAUACAAAGCUAUAGUUUUGUAUGGGUCCAGGAUAUUUAUCAUAAUAGAAUGGAGGUAUUACUUGAUGGAGGAUGGGUUUGCAGGGUUCAAUCAGAUAUCUGUCAACAUUACGUUGUCUGGGAUACAUGGGUGUGUUGGACAUCUGCAGGAAGUGUUCACAAGUGUAUUCCUUGGGCCUCUUUGGCAGACAUCUUUCAACAAUGUGCAGCCUGACAAACACGGACAUAAUGAUUUGAAGUAUCUGGGCCCACUUGCACAAAACGAUCUUAGCGCUUAGACUCGUAAGCCUAUGUUUAAGUAUGGGAGUUAAGAUCAUCUUAGUGCUAAGAUCGCUUUGUGCAAGUGGGCCCUGGUCUGAGGAAUGUGUGUUCACUACAUUCGAGUUGUUAUUUGUUUGUUUGCUUGUUAAUGCUGCAUUCCAGUUAUAUGAUGGCAGCCUGUAAAUACGAACAAGACGAACUGUGUGGAUGGUAAGAUCAAAGUCACAAAUCAGUGGGUGAGAAUGACACACGAUCAACACAGGUUGCCAAGCUUGUCCCCGCUGAUCCAUGCAGUCAUCUCUUCCGAUGCUGCAUCUUCCAGAGGCAAGAGAGUUAACUGACAAUAAAAGUCCAGUUUCCACCCUUACUGAACUAGGCUGGUACAUGUAUAAUGGAGUUACGUUUUGGCUGGACUAAUGAG